AUGACCAUCAACGGAGAAUGGACCCCGCGACAAGGCUACACGAUGCAGAGCCGGAUAACGACUGUAGCCCAACCCGGAGGACCCAAGGCCGUCGCUAUCACCCGGGAAGACUCGUUACAGAUCACCGACAAUUGCUUCGAAAGCGGGGACAGCGGCGACGACUGCUCCUCGACGCAUCACACCGGAGACGGUGAUAGCAGCGGCAAGAAAAAACAACUGUUAAUAAUAACCAAGAAAAAAACUCGCACAAUCUUCUCCAAGAGACAGAUCUUUCAGUUGGAAUCUACUUUCGAUAUGAAGCGGUACCUUAGCAGCGCCGAGCGCGCCUGCCUCGCCGAUUCUCUCCAGCUGACGGAAACGCAGGUCAAAAUCUGGUUCCAGAACCGAAGGAAUAAAUUGAAAAGACAGAUUUCAACAGCGCUAGAUGGUCCCAACGGUGAUUUCUGCGACGCGGGUCCGGGGAAGGUUCUGCAGCUCCCGGCCUUGUACAAAGACAAUAACCUGCUGGGGAGAUGCUUGAUGCCGAUGCCCCUGCCCAUCGUAUACCCUGGCAGUAGCACGCAUUAUUUAUGUUUUUCCAAUGCCAGCAAGUACUUUAGUCUAUUCGAAGGAGACGUUGUCCUGUAGUAGACAAGGCCGGCCGA